AUGGAGUUUGUUGGCACACCGGCUUCGUUUCCGCCUGGCAUGGUUGGGGAGGGCAAUUUCACAGUCCCGGAAGAUAAGCAGAAGCUGGGCCCGGUCAUGCGGCAGAUCAUCGUGCAAAAGCUGAAGCGAUGCCUGCGAUCGGGCGACCUCUCUGGAUUCCGGCAUUGGUUCAACCUCAACAGCGUUUACCUACGUGGGCUUGGGAUGGAGCCGAUAAGCGGCUUUCUUGACAGCUGCCACAGCCGAGGCGGUGACGCAGCUGCAGAGUUUCUACACCAAAACGGUUUCCAGAGAAUUGGUGAGGUCGAUCACGCGGGGUGGCGGCCGCUGCACUAUGCAGCGCUGGGCGGAAGUACAGACGUGUUGAGACGCCUGCUGCAGCAGCGCGCCAAUGUCAAUUGGCGCACGUCCAAGGAUGUGCCUGCCUUCGGCACCCCAGCCCAGAUGUCGGCACUGGAUAUUGCGUCUGCUGGAAGGCACCACGGGUCUGCCCGGUUGCUUCUUGCAGCCGGGGCCCAUCUUGAGGGUGGGUUGUUGCCUUCCAUCACCUAUGCGACCGUCCCCAAUGAUGCAGAAAUAAUCCGACUGCUUUGCGAAGCAGGUAGCAAUCCACUGCACAGGAACUUCGUUGGUGCCACUGCCUACCAGUCCGCAGCGGGUAAUGCAGCCACUGAAGCUUUGGCGGAGUUAGUGGCGCAAGUGCACCCUGGCUCGCUGGAGCUUUCGCGGGCGCUUCAGUUUGCCACCGGUUUUCAUGGCGGCUCAGCCAAGCUGGUGCAGCUAUUGAUCAGCAUGCGCGCGGACGUCAACUUUCAGGUCCACAUGCCCCGCGACGUUUCGUAUUUGGGCCGGCUGCUUGCCAGUCUGAGUUCCUUCCAGCAUCGGUUUGGCACGGCCGACAUUCUGACAUUUUAUAUCUAUCACUUGCAAGGCAUCUCGCCGUUGAUGCAGGCCAUCCGUUCGGCUCAGUAUGAGGCCGCUGCGGCCCUCAUUUCAGCUGGCGCCAAACUGGACCUUCGCAACUGCCGAAACUGGACGGCAGCGGACUUUGCCAGAGGCCAGUCCAUUCCGCAUUUCCUGAGGCUGGGUUUGGAGCGGGACCCGUCGGAGUGCCAAAAGGUCUGUUCGAUGGCCUUGGCCGAGGAUGGUGAUGAGGGAUAUGUGUCAGUGUGGUUUUAA